AUGGGGCUUCCCGCCCGAGUCCCCCUGAUACGAAGGCUUCCAGUCCUCAUCGUGGGUGGUGGUCUGAGUGGGUUUACAUCAGCAUUGUCACUUCACAGAGCAGGAAUCCGCAACAAUAUUAUUACUCGUGAAACCAAGUUUACCCAACAUGCUCGUAGCGGGGUCUUCCUCGGCGGGUCUUCGAUUCGCAUUCUAGACAGGUUAGGAUUGGGACCUCAAUAUCGUUCCCUUGGAACUCCAUUGUAUCGCGCUGUGAUUGAAGAUGUUAACGGGAAGGAAAUCAUUUCAUUCCGCCUGGACGAUUACGGCAUGGAAGUGUGGAACGUUCCGCGCCAGAAUCUACAGCAGCUGCUGCUAGAAUCCAUCCCACCGGAUUCUGUACACUUCGGCACCAAAUUCCGUGCUCUCCACAUCAGUGAUGGUUCAGCUCAUGUUAAGGUGCAACAGGCCUUGGACCGGUCAGGUCAACUGAUCGAACCAAAGGCAGCCUACUUCGAGUCCAAGUUUGUUGUUGGCGCCGACGGAAAUAAUUCUGCAGUGCGCUCCUUCAUGUCACGUCCAGCCAUGACGUUCUAUUCGGGGACGUCCAUUUGGAGAGCAGUGGUCCAGAAUCAGGACACCGAAAAGUACCCCCUGCACAUUGGCAAGGAGGUAUGGGGAUUAAAGAAAAGGUUUGGGUUCGCACGAAUGAGCCCGGAUGAGGUCGUGUGGUGGGCUGUACUAACGGAUCUACCAGAAGUGCUCUUACGGCCUUUUGCGCCUCAUCUGCUACGUGAGUUCAGCGACUUUCCAGAGAUCACCAAAGACCUCAUCCUCUCUAUUGAAUCAGACCGCAGCAUUUAUCGCACUGAAAUGAAGCGUGUCUGGCCUGAGCAGUUUCCUUGGGUCGACCCCUCUUCUUCACGAAUUGCUUUAGUUGGUGAUGCAGGGCGACCUGAACAUUUCGGAAAUCUCCACAGCGGCCAUUCUUUUGCUGUGGAGGAUGGGUACUUUCUUGCUCACCACUUGGCGGAACAAAAUGAGAAGGGUAUGUUGCGAACCGGGCCCAAAUUAGGGCGUUACCAGGAAAGUAGACAGGAGCAAAUGAUUGCGACGAAGCAGUAUUCCGCGCGGCUAGAUCGUCUCUCCCUACCGCAGUCCAGGAUACAACGCUAUUGUGUUAGAAAGCUUUUACAUAUAUCAUUUGAAAGAAUGGCACUGCAUGGGACAGGUCCUAGGAUUCCAAUGUUUCAGGCAUGAUAGUGCCAACGUUGUAGUAUCACUUCUAGGUU